AUGAACAAGAAUGAACUGAAAAGUCCCGACUCUCGCAAGAUAGAAUUAUUUCAUGUUGGCGCGCGGAAGAUGAUGAGCGCGGAGGAGCUGCUUGGCGGCGACAACCAGAGUCGACUGAAGGAGCUUGCCAACAAUUCGACUUCAGUUGCUAAUAUCCUUAAGGACCUUGCGUCCGAGGACACUUCACUCUGGCGAGAUGCAGCAUUGAAAAUAUUGAACCGCAAUUUCGCAGCACCGUCCCCUUUGGAGGAAAACGCUCUCAUAGAUGGACUCACAGAUACACUGAAGGAGCCUCGAGCUUCAGAGGGCGGUGAUGCCCUCCCCUGGGCAACCAUCUCCGAGGCAGCCCUCGCAGCGCUCUACUCCCUUGAUGCAGAAGCCGAACACGUCGACAAUGUUCUCUUGCACAUUGUCCCGUAUACCGAUGCUGAUCAACCAUGGACUACAGAGUCGGCAGCCUUCACUGCGGAUCGACUCCUCGACAGGUACUUGUCAGGCCAGAGGAAGCAAGAAUUUAUCGUCGGCAGCGUCCUGCAGAGCCAUCUGCGGCCCCUGUUCUCCAAGAGCUCGUCUUCCGUCACUGCCGAAGGCCGUCCUGCGCUAUACCGCGCGCCGCCGCCCCCAGCAGGCUUCCAUGCGCAAAAGGCUACUUGGAAAGAAGCCGGCCCGCUCAUUGUCACUCUCUUUGACUGGGCCGUUCAGGCCUCCGAGCCUACUACGAUCAAGAAGCACUGGCCGCUCUACGUUCCUGUGCUCGUCACCCUCGCCGAGGACGACGACGUCGCCGUCCGCCAGCGCGGCCUCCAAAUCCUCGAUGUCUUCCUGGCGAAAUGCCCCGCCGAGGUCCUGCGCACAUCCGGCAUCGACGCCGUGUUUCGGGAGUCUGUGCUUCCGUCGCUGCUGUUUCUGCCGACGCUGACGCCCGAGGCCGAGUCGGUCGUGCUGCUGCGCGCCGCGUAUCGCGCGGUGCGCACGCUGGCCCUCGCAGCCGACGACCCCGCGGACGGGAAGCGCCGCUCGCUGCUCGAUAGGAUGCUGCGCGAGGGCGUGCUAGCGGGCUACUUUCACGCGUCGCAGCACAUUCGCGUUGUCGAGGUGCUGAUGCAGGCGGCGGCGCAGAUUGUCGAGGCGCUGCAGAUUUACGCAGUGAAGCACUUGCAGAGUUUGAUAGAUCUCUUUGCCCCUGUCCUGACUGAUGCUUUUGCACUGGCAUAUCCCGCCGCCGUCGUUGCAGCGGCACAGGCGCUCAAUACUACAAUUCUCAACUGCUGGCCACGCAUAGUCGGCACGCCACACGCCGAACAAAUUCUGAACGUCGUUUCUCGGUGCUGGAUCAACAUUCACGACUCUGAUAAUGACCGCAAUAGUUCAGAGCUGGAGAUGCUCGUCAAAGAGCUGACAAAGACAAUGACGCUGAUGGCGUCGUUGUGGAAAGAGAGCGACGAGCCAAUGCCGACGGAGAAGCUUUCACAAGUCGUGCGAAAAGCGCCAAAUCUCAAGCCGCUGUUUGCCGCAUUCCGGCUGGACACGUCCACGGCAUGA